AUGAAUGCAGCGCAGACCAAGGUGGCAAAGAAGCCGAAGGACGGUUCCUGGAGGAAUAAAUUCGUCGAGGAUGCCGCUGUCAUCUACUCCAAGGACACCACGAACCGCUUGACUGACUUUGCUGGUGCGUUCCUCAUUCUGUGCAUCUCCGUGUACUUCACCACUAGCGGAUACUUGUUCUACCGUGAACUCGCUCUGAGCAAGUAG